CCCCGGGCUAUAAAUUCAGCUCUGAUUGGUUCCCCUGUCAGCUGUGGUAUAUCUCCGUUCCGUAUCUGCAGGGCGUGAAAGGAGAUUCUAAUCGGAGCUUCGCUAAACUUCAUCGGAUCUUCUUGUCAUUGUCUUGUUUGUUUGGAAUUUGGAUCGUCGACCAAAUCAUCUCUCUCCCUCCAAGUAGAAGUUCGUUGUUCUGUGACAGUUUGCACUAUCCAUUAUUUGCUCUUUUGUUUCCACGUUGUGUUUAGAUAAUUGUGUUCUCUGUGAGCUUCUUUGGAUUCUUUUGAUAGGUAAUGUAGCUGUAGUAUCUUCUUCUUUCCUUCAUCCCUGCUUGCGCUUUUGCCGUUGAGUAGCCGUAGGCUCUGAUGUGUUUAGUUUCGGAUGAUUGCUUUGGUGGAGGUGACGUUAAUUCCUUGAAGGAUUGAGAAAUUGGUGUGAUUUAGCUGUCUUUCGCGAUGAUGCGUCAGUGAUAUUUGAAAUUUCGGAGCAGGACGGAGUUCUGCUCUAAAACUUUGGGUGACCUCAAGGGGGAGAGUUUUGCUGCUGUCUCCCUCUUAAUGAUGUGUGUAUGGAUGAUGAUAGUGAAUGUAAUCUUUCAGUAGAAAUGAUUGUCUCAUAAAAUGAUUGAUCAAGUUUGUAUUCUUUGAUUUUACCUGUUUGCUAUAUAUCAUAUUCGUUUUCUUGUCGUUGAUUUUAGGGACCGUGUUACUAGAUUCCUGUGUUUAUUGGCGAUGAUUACUGUUCUGCUGCUAUCUUGUAAUAUGUUGAGCUGAAUCGUAUUUGCGAUGAACUUUUGCUUGAGAAGCAAGCAGCAGCUUUUUAACAUAUGAGGAGGAUGAAAAAAUGGCGAGGCUGUUGGAUAUUUGAAUACAUAAAGAUUAGGAUUUGCUGGCUUAAAUAAUUCUUUGCCUUGUAAGACAAAGGUGUAAGUAUGCAUCUGUAAUAGGUUUUUCUUUAUGAUCAUAAAUAGGCUGACAACAACUUAUCUAACUACUGCGUCUCCAUGUUACUAGUUGCAUGUAGCAACUAUACGGGUGAAUCUAAUUGAACAUUUUAGGUUAAGCUAUGCUACACUUAAUUUUAUGGAGGAUUACCGUUAAUGGAGUAUUGAACUUCAUGAAAGUUUCCGCGGUGAAGAUUUCACAAGCAAAGCUCAUUGCCUGGAACCUUUGGAUUAUUGUAGUUUAGUGACAUUUACCAAAUUCUUUUCUGGUGAUAAAUUUUUGUCUCUGUUCUGUUGUGUCACUCUUCAGUUUGUGAUUUCUUAACUGUUGAGAGUGAGUAGACCUUUGAAAGAGGGAUCUUAAGUAAGCUUAGUAUGCGUAUUUAAUUCCUUGGGUGAAGGCACGAACUCUGAAUUGUUAGUAUACUGUAACUUUAUGCAAAGUAGAGCAAUUUAGUCUAUUAUCUGUUAGGAGGCAGUUCAUGUGCAAGGUGUUUUGUAAUUAGGUAUUUUCCAUGAGUCUACUAGCCUGAAAAGUUCAGGAAGGUCUAGGUGGUUGAGGGAUCAUGUGGUUUUAGGUAUCUCUAUGAAGGGAAGUUUUGCAGGGUUAUGCAGUUAGCAUCUGCCGUGGUUCAGCCAAUUGCAGAACAUUUUGUUUCCAGUGCUUGAAGAACCAGUAGUUGUGGAGCCUCACUCUUGUGUAUUAUGUCAUUUUGGGGUUUAUCAAAACCCAUUCCUCCCUGGUAUCUUGUUAAAAGAGUGAUCUAAGAAGCACAAGCUUUGAGCCACCUCAUAUAUUCUUCAAGGAGGCAGCUGUUUAUAGGAUUUUCUGUUUGCACCGGCAAUGGAAAACGUUCCUUUGCUAAUUACUCCUCUAUAAUGGAACAGUGAGGUCGUUUCACGCUCAUUGUUCUAUCUCAUAGCUGAUUACUUAAACUCUCCUAUCAGAACCAUCUUCCCUUCAUUCUUCAUCCAGACAAUUAAUCUGCCUGAGCUUGGUCUAAUAGCAUCUGCUGUUAGAAGAGACAAACCCAGGGCACUGCUUAUUUGGGUAAUGACUUUGUAAUCCUGAAUAUGAAUAAUUUAAUUGCUGGAGUGACGUUAAUGUUGUUUCCAGCAAUGGUGCCACAACAUUGUUAUAUAGCUCUUGAUUGUCAAGUGAUCUAGAUAAUGAAGGAAAUAAAUGCUUAUUUGAGCAAAGGAUCUACCAAUGGUGCGGAUGUUAUGGAACAUAUUUGAUUUUGGUAAGUUUCAGUUCUUGGAGGAGUCGAUGCAGAAAUGCCAAUUAAGGUUGGAGUGUCUAUUGGAUGGCUCCAGUAUAGUUGGAUUUGGUUCCAAGAGUUCUUCAAGAUGUCAAGUGACCAUUCGAUGCUAUUGGUUUCUAUUUACUGCUGGAGGCUGUCAAGUACCCCAGUGCUACCUUCUUGUUUUAUGUGGAAUUCUUGUAUAUGCACUUUUUUUGAUGUGUUCUCUUGGAGUGAUGCUGAUUGGAGCUGUCCAACCUUAAUUCAAUUUUGUUGUUGCCGAUUUCAAUUGGUCUCCAGCAGAUAGAAGAAAGCAACAGUGCAUUCGGUGUUUGCCUGGCUUGAUGGGGUGACUAGAUAUGCCUUUCAAAGUUUUAGGAUUGUUUCUAAAUCCGUUCCAUCAUGCAGGUUGCUAGACUUACUGCCUACUUCUGUAUAAGUUAGUAUCUUUACAAAGACAACUAGCAUUAUGGGAGAGGUUGCUGUCAUGCACUCAGAGUCUCUGUCUUUUGAGUGCAAAGACUUGAAACAUGUGGAUGUGAAUGAGAUGUAUGCUCCACAGUCAAACGCAGAUCACGUGCCUGUAGAAGAAUCAAGUCAAGCAACAGAUGACAAUGAGAUCAAUGAAUUACGAGAAAGAGGAUAUAUGCAAUAUGGAUGCUCACACUACCAGAGGAGAUGUCGUAUUAGAGCCCCUUGUUGUAAUGAGAUUUUUGAUUGCCGUCAUUGUCACAAUGAAGCAAAAAAUAAUAUCAACAUUGAUCAGAAGUAUAGACAUGACAUUCCUCGUCAUCAAGUCAGACAGGUAAUAUGUUCACUCUGUGGAACUGAACAAGAGGUGCGGCAGAACUGUAUAAACUGUGGUGUUUGCAUGGGAGAAUACUUUUGUCAGACAUGCAAGCUCUUUGAUGAUGAUAUAUCUAAGCAACAGUAUCAUUGCAAUGGCUGUGGGAUUUGCAGAGUUGGAGGACGUGAGAAUUUCUUCCAUUGUUACAAGUGUGGAUGCUGCUACUCUAUCAUGAUGAAAAAUAGUCACCCAUGUGUGGAAGGAGCAAUGCAUCAUGAUUGCCCUGUCUGUUUUGAGUAUUUAUUUGAGUCGAUAAAUGAUGUCACCGUUAUGCCUUGUGGGCAUACAAUCCACAAGAAUUGCCUGAAUGAAAUGAGAGAACAUUUCCAGUACGCAUGCCCACUCUGCUCGAAGUCAGUCUGUGAUAUGUCGAAGGUUUGGGAGAAGUUUGACCUGGAGAUAGCUGCUACUCCCAUGCCUGAACCAUUCCAAAAUAAAAUGGUAUGGAUCCUUUGCAAUGAUUGCGGGAAAACUUCGCACGUUCAGUUCCAUGUUGUGGCUCAAAAGUGUUCGAACUGUAAAUCCUACAACACGCGACAAACCAGAGGUUGAGGAUGUGGCAAAAGUGUUAUUGGUCACGUAAGGGCAAGACUGCAUUUGGGUUCACUUGAGUCUUGUGCUUUGGGGAGGUGGAGUGGCAACGAGGGUGUGUCCUUCAUCGAGUACGAGGAAUUCCACGUGUGGGGAUCUUUGACUGUCCGGUUACUUUCGACUGUGCCGAGUCACAUGCCAAGAGAACUGAACCCUGGUUCUCCAUGUUUGAUUCCGUGUCGGGGCAUUGCCAUUGCGGGGUCAGCUAGUGGUGUUAUCUUGAGCUGGGAGAAAAGCGUCGUUGCAAUCUGUGUUUUCGUUGUCAACCUGCGUUCGUUGAAAUAAUGUACUGCCAUGAUUAGUCUUUUAAAUGAUACUUGCUUUAUGUGGUUGAUAAUUUUAAUGGCUUGAUAUCUAUUGAAACUUCGUAGCUGAUUGAUGAACUCUGUUAUUACUAUUUUGAUUCUGUGAUGGUCGUAAACUUUUA